AUGGCGUCAAGUCAGUGGACGAGGUCGGAUGAUAAAAUGUUUGAGGAAGCUUUGGUAUUUUUCCCUGAGGGAUCUCCCAAUCGGUGGGAGAGAAUUGCCGACCAGCUCCAGAAACCGGUUGGUGAAGUUAGAGACCAUUACGAGGCUUUGGUGCAUGAUGUCUUCCAGAUCGAUUCUGGCCAAGUUGAUGUCCCUGAUUACAUAGAUGACUCGGCGGCGGGUUGGGACUCGGCUGGUCAGAUCUCGUUUGGGACCAAACAGGGGGAGGGUGAGCGGAAAAGAGGAACUCCUUGGUCGGAAAAUGAACACAAAUUGUUUCUGAUCGGAUUAAAGAGAUAUGGUAAAGGGGACUGGAGGAGCAUAUCGAGGAACGUGGUGGUGACGAGGACACCCACGCAAGUAGCUAGUCAUGCUCAGAAAUAUUUCCUUAGACAAAACUCGGUUAAGAAAGAGAGGAAAAGAUCGAGCAUACACGACAUAACUACGGUAGAUACUAAUUUAGCCAUGCCUGGUUCCAACAAGAUGGACUGGUCUAGGUCUAGCCAGCAGGAGACCCCUGUUCUGACUCAGCAACAGAUCAUGUCAGAGUUUGGUCAGCACAAGAAUAUCUCAGUUUCAACUUCAAUGGCACUCUUAAAUGCUAUCUUCUCUGUUACUCAUUUUACUUCUUCUCGUACUUGUUUCAGUGAUCGUAGUCGCAAGUUCCUCCAAGGUGUAAUGCCUCUAUCCACGAAGAGUAUAAGAGGAAACCGCGUAUAUGCUUCCAUUAACAGCACUGAUGCCACUUCUCCUUAUCCGGUCAAAAUGGAAGAUGAUGAUGACGACGACUUGGUACCAAUGCCAAUGGUUUUGAUAGACCAGGAUGCAGACCCUGAAGCUACUAUUGUACAACUCAGUUUUGGAGAUCGUCUCGGUGCUCUCAUCGACACUAUGAAGGCGCUGAAAGAUUUGGGAUUAGAUGUAAUAAAAGGAACUGUCACAACUGAAGGAUCUGUUAAGCAGACAAGAUUUUCUAUUACAAAACAAGACACUGGUCGGAAAGUGGAAGAUCCAGACUCCUUGGAGCAGAUUCGGUUAACAAUCAUCAACAAUCUCUUGAAAUAUCAUCCGGAAUGCAGCGAGCAGCUUGCAAUGGGUGAGACUUUUGGAAUAAAGGCUCCAGAAAAGAAGGUUGAUGUCGACAUCUCCACUCACAUACAUGUGAAGGAAGAUGGACCAAAGAGGAGCCUGCUUUGCAUAGAGACAGCAGACAGGCCAGGUCUGGUUGUAGAGAUGAUAAAAGUGAUGGCUGAUAUCAACAUAGACGUGGAAUCCGCUGAGAUAGACACUGAAGGACUGGUUGCGAAAGACAAGUUUCACGUAAGCUACCAAGGGCAAGCGCUAAACAGUUCCUUGUCACAGGUGUUAUUGAACUGUCUGCGUUACUUCCUGAGAAGGCCUGAAACUGACAUCGACAGCUAUUGAAAAAAACUGCUCUUUCUCCUUUUCGAAACCGUAUCUAUUGCAAUUUAUCAAGUCUUAUGUAUUGAAAUGUUUCAGUCUGGAACCAAGCCAUUGGGGCUAAAGAAUAAAAGAUGGUUUGGUUCUUAUGCCGCUGAACUUAUAGUUGUUGUUUCCUUCUGUGGACAGAACACAGAUCCUAUUAUCUCUAGCUGAAUGAGUCCAUGACAUUAACUUAAAAGUAUAUGUAUAUUCUUCCAUGAUUGGCACAGUGUUUCAGUGUGAAAAGAAGAUAUAUGAUUGAUGGAAUACAAUGCAAAAACAAAUGAAUUAUUUAUACACAAUAUGUUCUUUUUAAAAAGAUCUAGCAACCACACAUUGGGUCAGUCAAUCCAUGCUGAGGCAAGUGUCAGCAGCUUCAACAAGAAGCCCUGGAACCACCUUCUUCACCUCUUCCCACAUGCACAAACUCUCCUCAUCGCAUAUUACAUGACGUAGAGAAGUCAAUGAAACCCCAGAGCUCGGUAUGCUACAUAAGCUGCAUUCUCUCAUGUCGAUUUUCUCAAGCUUACUUAACUUUCCCAACUCUUCAGGAAGAGAACUCAAGCUCAUACACUGAGAGAUGUCAAGAUACUUUAGACUCUGAAGCUCACAGAUUUCUUCAGGCAGAGAUUCCAGCUCAGAGCAAGCGUAUAGUCUUAGAAGUUCAAGGGACUUGAGCUUACUCAGAUUCUUUGGCAGUUCAACGAAGCCGGGACAGUUUGUUAUGCUGAUUGAUUUGAC